AUGGUGAUUGACUCUCAUUCCGAGGGGGACCCUAUUCCCUCCGAUGGUCCUAUCACAAUUCGAAUCUCUGGUCGUGCUAAAUUAACUACAAAAAUUUCACCUUUUGAUGCAAUUGAAUCUCUCGACGACUUAACAGAAAACAAAGGUUACAGAUUUGUUUAUAAUGGAGCAAUAUUAUUACCUACACUCUCUUUUUCCUUCUACAAAAUCAAAGAAAACGAUAUAAUUUAUGCAGUUAGUCCGAAAGUACCUGAAACUCCUAUUGUAGCUCAAGAACGUAAAAUCCCAGAUAUGACAAAACAAUUACGCGAAUACUUCGACAGGAACUGGGCACAUCGUGUUGCGGAUCCUGAAGAAGCUUUCAAGAGAUUCCAAGAUACUGCAGAUCCUCGCGUUAAAUAUGAAAAUGCAAGAAUUAAUGAUAUAAUACGUGAUAAACAAGAAUCUUCAGCAGCUGGAUUUAGAAAAGUCUGCUCUCGUUUUGAGGCAUCUAUCAACCAAGAUAUGCCACCUUCUCCCUCAAGAAAUAUUCAACAACCUUCUAGAUCACCCAUUCCUCCCAAUAUUAGGUCGCGGGUCGGGGGUGAUAUUGUUCGUUUUUGCGACCCUCUUUAG